GACAUAUAUUCUUGAAAAUGGAAUAAGGUAUACACUCUCCUUCUUUUCAUAAGAACGUCUUAUUUUGGUACCGAGGCUAAACUUUAUCCGCGAUUGAGCCUGAAAACGUUCUCAACACGGUCUUAAAGUUGUGCGGUAAUUAAUCAAUUCGGACGUGACCAGACUAAGCUUGACUACAAACCGAGUUGUUCCGCAAAGUAUCGUGCAAUAAACACAAAGUUAAUUUUUAAAAAUUUCUCCAAGUAUUUGGGUUCAUUGUCCUGUUAGACCACAGUUUUACAUUUCUUUUACCUUAGUUUAUACUUCUCAUCAAGAUUAAAAAAAAGAGCCGCUCCUAACUGACUCUCAGCCUACUGAGUAUGUUCUUACUUUGUUCUUAAAAUUUUGGUUCAUCUCAACAUGAACGCUCUUGAAAAAAAAGGUUCUGAUAAAAAGAAAAGUGUAUAAGCUUGGUACGUCGCUACAACAGAUACGUUUGUUUUGUAUUUUUUUUUUUAACGUUCAAUUUGUACAUGUUCAUCAUACGAUUGUGGGAGGAGUUGAAGUUUGAAGGAUCAAAGCAAAGUUGAGGACAAUGUAAUGAUCUUUGCACUUCUUAUUGCAUCCGAAACGAACCUCACGGUCUGACUUUUUGUAAACCUUUUCUCUGAGAUAGUAAUUUUCGAUUGGGUCAACGCUCCUACGAACGAGACGCUCGAGAAGCUUUCCUGUGUGAUGCACGGGUUUCAAUGUAAUGUAGCGGGCAGACGUACAAUAGAUGAGUAAUUUUUACAACCGACCAAAUGACUGCGUGGAACAUGGCAUAAAGUAUAAUUUACACAAUCGACGGAAUACAUAAAUCUGACGGUGAUUAUCUCAACCGCAUAGAAGAGUGCGUUAAAAAAAAAAAGACCAUCCCUCUAUAUUCGAGCACACGACAUGUUUGGAAUAAAUAAUCAGAAUUAUUUUAUUAUUAUUUUCCAUAUUACCAAAUUAGUACUUGGCAAAAGGUUCAACGGAUAAUCAUAAAGCACCAAUAGUAUCGUACAGUUUAACCUUCACCUUGCGUCUAACUAAAUGAACGUGACCGGAUGACAAGGCUCAGUAUUUAAUUAUCGGAAUUUUUAAACUAUUCCUGUAAAGCUAUCUUCCUGAAAUUUUACAAGUACCUACACUUUUCAAUGCCAAUAAAUCCUCUAUUGCAUGUUAUUAUUGUCCAGCUUUCUGUAUUUGAGACACCUGAAAAAUUCUCCAAUUUUGAAGAGUAAUUCUUCCGUUGAGGGACCAAGUUUGGUAUGCUGGUUGAUGACAAGUAUAAUCAGUGUCUCUCCACCAUAGCAUGAACACAGUUAACGCAUUCGGAAAAUUCUCUUCGAUCUGCAGAAGCUUAAAUAUGGAGCAGGGGGGUUCUACAGGAGAUGUUCCUUUGGAGACGUUGAACUGUCGCGUAGACCUGACAGACUUAUUGCGGAACAUCGAGGAGGAAGAAUAUGCUAAUAAAGUAGAGAUAGACGACGAAGAGGCAACCAGUGCAGAGGAUCUGUUGGCUGAGGAGCUCCUCGGAGCCUUGGAAAGAAAUGAGGCUUUAGAAGUGUGGGAACUGGUUAAAAAGAAACAUUCUAUUCUUUCCAAGACAAGUUUAUACCAAGACAUCGCCAACCUGGAGAAGAACAGCCCCGAAAAUUCUAAAUCAUUUAGAGUUUUUUGCAGGUCCGACCGAAAAUCGUGCAGUGUGGUCAGGUCAGAUGCAGAGGAUGAUCAGAAAAACAACGCAAGGAAGCGAAGAUGGAUAAAAAUACUCUCUAACCCGCUGUUCAUUGGUGUGGAAUGGCUUUGGAGGAGCUGCCACACGGACAAGAAUGAAGAUGUUGAAGAUGUCAUUGAAAAUGCUCUAGAGGAUUCUUACCAGUUGGAGAAAAUAGCCUGGCACGAGCAAGAUGUAUAUAAAUCAUCAGUUAAGGCGUACGAAACAUUUGCUACUGAUGUUCUUGAAGAAAGUACCUUGGAUCAGUUUUACGAGAUCAUGAAUGCCGAGGGAGACGAUUCUGUACUAGAUGAGAAACCGCGACGAGUCACGACACACAAACCGCGACGAGUCAUGAAACACAAACAAAGCCUAAGCCUUCUGAAGAUCGCUGCCAACAAGGGAAGAAAGAAGUUCGUGGCAGGUCCUAGAUGUCAAUUCAUUCUUAACCUGGUAACUUUCGAAGGAUGGCCAGAUUGGAAAAGUAAAAGCUGGGUGGAAAAAACCAUUCGAUGGUUCGUUCAUUUUCUUCUCUCGACGAUCAUUGCCCCCAUCUACAUUCUAUUACGCCUUAUUGGAAAGGUUUGCCCUAGCAAGUCCAACAGUGCGUGCUUCUUGAGCAAUAAUCACUGUCAAAGAUGUGUUCAAGAAGUUUUUGAAUGGGUUCAUUCCCUCUAUGAAUCUCCCUUCUCUAAGUUCGUGAACCACACGAUGUCUUAUAUCAUCCUCCUUUGCCUUUUAUUCUGGUCAACUAUGGGUAACGAAGUUGAAUACUACAGUGAAGCAGGACUUGACACGCUUGAUUAUGCCGUUCUUGUCUUUGUCCUUGGCCUUUCCUUACGAGAUAUCGUCGGAGCUUAUAAGCAAGGAACCACCUUCUACUUCUCAAAAUGGUGGAACGUGAUGCAUGUGGUGACCCUCUCAACUUUCUUGGUGUCUUACUCGGUGUGGCUAAUUGCAUGGGAGAUUUAUGGAGAAUGGGAACCAAGAAAAGUAAUAUUUACUGUGGCUGAUGUCUUGUACGCAACGGCCACUGUGAUGGAAUUCUUCCAUUUUACCUACGUGUUUCAGACCAACUCAACUCUUGGCCGCUUGCAGUUGUCCCUGUUCAGAAUGGUGAAGGAUGUCAUGAGGUUUCUUUUGAUCUUUAUUAUGCUCUUCCUCGCUUUUGCUGCCGGUGUGGUAAAAGUGUACGCGUAUUAUGUCUCCUCGCAAGUGAAACUAAGCCGAGAACUUGGCAACAGUACCUACGCGGAAGAUCAUCCUUAUGCCAAGCAUGACUUAACAGCCUAUGGGCUAAUUUGGCUGUUAUUUGGCAACGUGGAUGAGGACAAAAUACUCGUAGAUGAUCCUGCAUUUUCUCUUAUAUCUGUUUUUGGUCGCAUUUUCUUGAUAGCAUACGUAGUUUGUGUCAGUAUGGUUGCUUUAAACAUGCUGAUCGCCAUGAUGAACAACUCAUAUGAAACGAUUACGGAUGAAGAGUGGAAAUUAACAUCUACUCAAAUUUGGCUGGACUACAUGAACGAGGGAAACUCCAUACCUGUACCUUUCAACCUUGUAUAUUAUUCUUUGUCACCCUUUUACAUCCCAAUUUAUUGCUUCCGUAAAUGUCGGAAGAAGGAAAAACAGUCAAUCUAUCGUGAGAAGCGCAUGCAAGCUAUGAAAUAUUCCGUUGCAAGGUAUCUGAAAAAGAACUUCUUACUGAGGACUGUGUUGCUAGGACAAGCCGGCCCGUGAAGAGGUCAAUGGAUUCCCAAGCAAAUAACAAAAUGACAUUCCACACAAGUGUAUAGCAAUCAAAAUGAUUUUUUAACUAAGGUUUCUGAUAUUAUAAUAUUAAUUUAGCAAGACUUUGCCGUGUAGGUCAUUCUCACAUAUCGGUUUAGAUUCAACAUUUUUAUUCUCCUUCUCAUUGAAAUUAGAAGGCCUUUUAAGUUAUCCAUUGUCCAAUUCUGCUGACAAAAGCGGCAUGGAAACGAAGUUUGACCAAAAUGACAAACAGUUUAGUCUGACCGCCUUAAAAGUUGUCGAAGGAAUCUUUGUUAGGUAUAUGUUCCUCGCUUUCCCAGUUACGUCUUGUAUUUACAUUCGAUAUAAGGUUUUUAUCUCCAUGAAAGUUGCCUACUCGAACGUAGCGUCUGAAAUCAACACCAAUGCAGUAGACCAGGAAACACUCUUUAUGUUAAUAUUUUUACCAGGAGCGAAGAUAACACGGUGGGAAAUAAUAAGUUUAAUUAGGAAUAUAAAUCUGCUUUAAAUGGAAAAGUGGAAGGUUAACUGAAACAGGCCGAGAGGAUUAACGCUAACCGAGCAACAGCCUUGUGGAAGUUUACCACAAACGCUCACAUUCUUAAGACCACGUGGCUAAUAAAGGGACUUUAGUAUUGUUUACAAGUGCCGCUUUAGUUAUUCGUCAGACUGAGACAAUUUUGACUUUUGUUAAUGCUUAAACAACUUCCGGUUUAGGCAAAUAUUAGCAUAACAUAGAGUCAAUUCGUAACACCAAGAGAAUGUAUAAUCAUUUGUUAACACGCGAUGUAAAAAGAAAAUAGAAACAAUUCGUUUUCUAGUAAUAAAGCGACACUUUAUACCCAA